AUGCUUCAUGGACUGGGCUCCUGUAAAGAGGAGAUAAAGUCCCCCAGUAGGACAGUCCCCUCCUCGCAGUCGCCGUCUGACUUCCUGGACAAGCUCAUGGGGAAAAGGUCUGGCUAUGACGCUCGCAUCAGACCCAACUUCAAAGGUCCGCCUGUGAAUGUCACCUGCAAUAUCUUCAUCAACAGCUUUGGGUCCAUCACAGAAACGACUAUGGACUACAGGCUCAAUGUGUUCCUACGGCAAAAAUGGAACGAUCCCCGAUUGGCUUACCAGGAGUACCCGGACAACUCCUUGGACCUGGAUCCCUCCAUGUUGGACUCCAUCUGGAAGCCUGACCUGUUCUUCGCUAACGAGAAGGGGGCUAACUUUCAUGAGGUCACCACUGACAACAAACUGCUGCGGAUAUUCCAAGAUGGGAGCGUACUAUAUAGCAUCAGGCUGACUCUCAUCCUGUCCUGCCCUAUGGACUUAAAGAAUUUCCCCAUGGAUAUUCAGACCUGUACCAUGCAGCUUGAAAGCUUUGGGUAUACCAUGAAUGAUCUGAUCUUCGAGUGGUUGGCAGAGAACCCGGUGCAGGUGGCUGAUGAUCUGACACUCCCUCAGUUCGUGCUGAAAGAUGAGCAGGAUCUGGGCUACUGUACCAAGCACUACAACACAGGUAAAUUCACCUGCAUCGAGGUUAAGUUCCACCUGGAGAGACAGAUGGGCUACUACCUGAUCCAGAUGUACAUCCCCAGCCUGCUCAUCGUCAUCCUGUCCUGGGUCUCCUUCUGGAUCAACAUGGAUGCUGCCCCGGCUAGAGUGGGCCUGGGCAUCACCACCGUGCUCACCAUGACCACCCAGAGCUCUGGGUCCCGGGCCUCUUUACCCAAGGUGUCCUACGUGAAGGCCAUUGACAUCUGGAUGGCCGUGUGCUUGCUGUUCGUGUUCGCUGCGCUGCUCGAGUAUGCAGCAGUCAACUUUGUCUCGCGGCAACACAAGGAGUUUAUCAGGCUGAGGAAGAAGCGGCGGCGGCAGAGAAUAGAAGAGGAACUGGUGAGAGACAGCCGUGGGUUUUACUUCCGUGGCUACGGACUGGGUCACUGCCUGCAGACCAAGGACGGAACGGCGGUGGAAGGGGCCACAAUCUUCGCCCCACCAGUGUCCACCAUGUAUAAUGGAGAGGCGGUCCGCAAGCGCUUUGUGGACCGGGCCAAGCGCAUCGACACGAUAUCCCGUGCAGUCUUCCCUCUGAGCUUCCUCUUCUUCAACAUUUUCUACUGGAUUACCUACAAAGUGCUGCGACAUGAGGACAUCCACGCAAAUUUGUAAUACGCUCUUUGCUCUAUUCCCAACGACCUUUAAUUGUUACAUGCUACUUUUUUUUCAUUGUUUUUUUUUCAACCAAAACUGCCUAUCAGAUAUACAUUAAAAGUGUUUCAGGGGCAUAUGCUUCGCAACAGUUGCCAUUGAUGCUAAAAACUCUGUGCUCAGGUGCGUCUUCAGGAUUUCAGAGAGAGAGAGAGAGAGAGAGAGAGAGAGAGAGAGAGAGAGAAAGUGUGUAUGAAAAGAAAGUGAAGAUGUGAAUUUAAACUGGUGUUAGAGUGCUAUUUGUUAUUGCAUUCUCUUUUAUCUUAGUCAUCUUGUUUUGACUGGAUUACAGCAGAAACAUAAUAAUGCUAGUCUUUGAACUUCUGCCUGAACUCUGAACUAUGGCUCAAGGCAGAUACCACAAGGGAAUAUUAGUCAUGGCUGGAUGGAUACUACUGACUUGAAUUUUACCAAUCAACGCAUCUUUGAAUGAAUGUAAAAAAAAAAAAGAAGGAAAAAAUGCUUUUUUUUUACAACUUUACAAUGCCAAACAAAUGGAUGUGAGGGAGGGAUUGGGGUCUUUGAUAUUUCUGGAUUUAAAUGAGGUGAUGAUGAUAUGUUGUUUUAACUACAUAUGACAAAAUAUUAUAUACAGUGCAUUCGGAAAGCAUUCAGACACCUUGAGUUUUUCCUCGUUUUGUUACUUUACAGCCUUAUUCUAAAAUGUAUUAAAUCGUUUUUCCCCUAAUCAAUCUACACACAAUACCAUAUAAUGACAAACCAAAAACAGAUUUUUACAAAAACUUUUUUUUUAAAUAAAAAACAAAACAAUGGAAAAAAAAAUAUUUACAUAAGUAUUCAGACCCUUUACUUUGUUGAAGCACCUAUGGCAGCAAUUACAGCCUCGAGUCUUCUUGGUAUGACGCUACAAGCUUGACACACCUGUUUUUGUGGAGUUUCUCCCAUUCUUCUCUGCAGAUCCUCUCAAGCUCUAUCAGGUUGGAUGGGGAGUGUCACUGCACAGCUAUUUUCAGGACUCGCCAGAGAUGUUCGAUCGGGUUCAAGUCCAGGCUCUGGCUGAGCCACACAAGGACAUUCAGAAACUUGUCCCGAAGCCACUCCUGCAUUGUCUUGGCUGUGUGCUUCGGGUUGUUGUCCUGUUGGAGUGGGAACCUUUGCCCAGUCUGAGGUCCUGGUUUUCAUCAAGGAUCUCUCUGUACUUUCCUCAGUUCAUCUUUGCCUCGAUCCUGACUAGUCUCCCAAUCCUUGCCGCUGAAAAACAUCCUCACAGCAUGAUGCUGCCACCACCAUGCUUCACUGUAGGAAUGGUGCAAGGUUUCCUCCAGACGUGACGCUUGGCAUUCAGGCCAAAGAGUUCAAUCUUGGUUUCAUCAGACCCGAGAAUCUUGAGCACAACUGCAUCCUGUUUCCGCUGAUUCUACAACUUAAUUGGAGUCCACCUGUGGUAAAUUAAAUUGAUUGGACAUGAUUUGUGAAGGCACACACCUGUCUAUAUGCCUCUGUCAUGUGGCUUCCGUCUGGCCACUACCCGAUGGUUGUCCUUCUGGAAGAUUCUCCCAUCUCCACAGAGGAACUCUGGAGCUGUCAGAGUGACCAUUGGGUUGUUGGUCACCUCCCUGACCAAGGCCCUUCUCACCUGAUUGCUCAGUUUGCGCCGGGAGGCCAGCUCUAUGAAGAGUCUUGGUGGUUCCAAACUUCUUCCAUUUAAGAAUGAUGAGGCCACUGUUCUUGGGAACCAUUAAUACUGCAUAAAUGUUUUGGUACCCGUCUUCAGAUCUGUGCCUCGACACAAUCCUGUCUCGGAGCUCUACAGACAAUUCCUUCGACCUCAUGGCUUGGUUUUUGCUCUGACACGCACUGACAACUUUGGGACCUUAUGUAGAAAGGUGUGUGCCUUUCCAAAUCAUGUCUAAUCACUUGAUUUUACCACCGGUGGAAACAGGAUGCAGCUGAGCUAAAUUUCGAGUCUCAUAGCAAAUGGUCUGAAUAGUUAUGUAAAUAAAGUAUUUCUGUUUUUAAUUAUCAAUAAAUGUACAAUUCUAAAAACCAGUUUUCACUUUGUUAUUAUGGGGUAUUGUUUGUAGAGUGAUGGGUAAAAACAAUUCUUUAAAUCAAUUUUAGAAGGUUGUAAUGUAACAAAAUGUGGAAAAAGUCAAGCGGUCUGAAUGCUUUCCGAAAGCACUGCAUGUGUGUUUAUAUAUACAUACAGUACCCGUCAAAAGUUUGGACAAACCUACUCAUUCAAGGGUUUUUCUUUAUUUUUACUAUUUUCUACAUCAAAACUAGGAAAUAACACAUAUGGAAUCAUGUUAAACAAAACAAAAUAUAUUUUAUAUUUGAGAUUCUUCAAAGUAAUCACCCUUUGCCUUGAUGACAGCUAUGCACACUCUUGGCAUUUCUCAACCAGCUUCAUGAGUUAGUCACCUGGAAUGCAUUUAAAUUAACAGGUGUGCCUUGUUAAAAGUUCAUUUGUGAAAUGUCCUUCCUUCUUAAUGCGUUUGAGCCAAUACAGAAGCCCAAUUUGAAUUGAAUAAAGAACAAGUCCGUAUUAUGGCAAGAACAACAACAAAAAAGCAAAGAGAAACGACAAUCCAUCAUUACUUUAAGACAUGAAUGGUUAGAACUUGUUCUCAACUUGCCUAACUGGUUCAAUAAAAGUUCAAUAAAAAAAAUAAAAAAAAUACGGAACAUUUCAAGAACUUUGAAAGUUUCUUCAAGUGCAGUCUCAAAAACCAUCAAGCUCUAUGAUGAAACUGUCUUUCAUGACUGCCGGCACAGGAAAGGGACGUCUGCAGCAGAGGAUAAGUUCUUUAGAGUUACCAACCUCAGAAAUCGGCAAUUAGCUGCAUCUUAGAUUGAAGCCCAAAUAAAUGCUUCAGAGUUCAACUAACAGAGACAUCUCAACAUCAACUGUUCAAAGGAGACUGUGUGAAUCAGGCGUUCGUGGUUGAAUGGCUGAAAAUAAACCACUACUAAAGGACACAAUAAGAAGAAGAGAUUUGCUUGUGACAAGAAACACAAGCAAUAGACAUCAGACCGGUGGAAAUCUGUCCUUUGGUUUGAUGAUUCCAAACUUGAGAUUUUUGGUUCAAACCGCUGUGUCUUUGUGAGAUGCAGAAUAGGUGAAAGGGUGAUCUCCACAUGUGUGGUUCCCACCAUGAAGCAAUGAGGAGGAGGUGUGGUGGUGCAUUGCUGGUGACACUGGCUGAGAUUUAUUUAGAAUUCAAGGCACACUUAACCUGCAUAACUAACACAGCAUUCUGCAGCGAUACGCCAUCACAUCUGGUUUGUGCUUAGUGGGACUAUCAUUUGUUUUUCAACAGAACAAUGACCCAACACACUUUGAGUCUGUGUAAGGGCUUUUUGACCAAGACGGAGAGUGAUGGAGUGCUGCAUCAGAUGACCUGGCCUCCACAAUCACCCGACCUCCACAAAAUUGAGAUGAUAUGGGAUGAGUUGGACCACAGAGUGAAGGAAAAGCAGCUAACAAGUGCUCAGCAUAUGUGGGAAUACCUCCAAGACUGUUGGAAAAUCAUUCCAUUCCAGGGCAUUCCAAAGCUGGUUGACAGAAUACCAAAGGUGUGCAAAGCUGUCAUCAAUGCAAAGGGUGGCUACUUUGAAAAAUCUAAAAUCUAUUUCUUGGUUACAACAUGAUUCCAAAUGUGUUAUUUCAUAGUUUUGACGUCUUCACUAUUAUUCUAAAAUGUAGAUAUUUGCAAGAACAAAGAAAAACACUUGAAUGUGUAGGUGUGUCCAAACUAUUACAAGUUCUGUAUAUAUAGAGUUCAAGUCGGAAGUUUACACACACUUAGGUUGGAGUCUUAAAAAUAGUUUUGGUCCACUCCACAAAUUUCUGGUUAACAAACUAUAGUCUUGGCAAGUCGGUUAGGACAUCUACUUUGUGCAUGACACAAGUCAUUUUUCCAACAAUUGUUUACAGACAGAUUACUUCACUUAUAAUUCACAGUAUCACAAUUUCAGUGGGUCAUAAGUUUACAUACACUAAAUUGACUGCCUUUAAACAGCUUGGAAAAUUCCAGAAAAUGAUGUCAUGGCUUUAGAAGAUAGUCUAAUUGACAUAAUUUGAGUAAAUUGGAGGUGUACCUGUGGAUGUAAUUCAACUACUACCUUCAAACUCAGUGCCUCUUUGCUUGACAUCAUGUGAAAAUCAAAAGAAAUCAGCCAGGACCUCAGAAAAAAUUGGUAGACCUCCACAAGUCUGGUUCAUCCUUGGGAGCAAUUACCAAACGCCUGAAGGUCCACGUUCAUCUGCACAAACAAUAGUACGCAAGUAUAAACACCAUGGGACCAUGCAGCCUACAUACCGUUCAGGAAGGAGACGCGUUCUGGUGCGAAAGGGUGCGAAAAGUGCAAAUAAAUCCCAGAACAACAGCAAAGGACCUUGUGAAGAUGCUGGAGGAAACAGGUUAUUAUCUAUAUUCACAGUAAAACGAGCCCAUAUAUCAACAUAACCUGAAAGGCCGCUCAGCAAGGAAGAAGCCAGUGCUCCAACUGAACAUGGGGACAAAGAUCAUACUUUUUGGAGAAAUGUCCUCUGGUCUGAUGAAACAAAAAUAGAAGUGUGUUUGGCCAUAAUGACUAUCUUUAUGUCUGGAGGAAAAGGGGGGAGAAUUUUAAGCCCGAAGAAUACCAUCCCAACCGUGAAGCACGGGGGUGGCAGCAUCAUAUUGUGGGGGUGCUUUGCUGCAGGAGUGACUGGUGCACUUCACAAAAUAGAUGGCAUCAUGAGGGGGGGAAAUUAUGUGAAAAUAAGAAUUUGUUCUUGACUGACUUGCCUAGUUAAAUAAAGGUUUUAAAAAAGUCAGGAAGUUAAAGCUUGGUCGCAAAUGGGUCUUCCAAAUGGACAAUGACCCCAAGCAUACUUCCAAAGUUGUGGCAAAAUGUCUUAAGGACAACAAAGUCAAGGUAUUGGAGUGGCCAUCACAAAGCACUGACCUCAAUCCUAUAGAAAAUGUGUGGGCAGAACUGAAAAAGUGUGUGCGAGCAGGGAGGCCUACAAACCUGACUCAGUUACACCAGCUCUGUCAGGAGGAAUGGGCCAACAUUCACCCAACUUAUUGUGGGAAGCUUGUGGAAGGCUACCCGAAACAUUUGACCUAAGUUACACAUUUUACAGGCAAUAAUACCAAAUACUAAUUGAGUGUAUGUAAUCUUCAGACCCACUGGGAAUGUGAUGAAUGAAAUUAAAGCUGGAAUAAAUCAUUCUCUAAUAUUGUUCUGACAUUUCACAUUCUUAAAAUAAAAUAGUGAUCCUAACUGACCUAAAACAGGGAAUUUUUACUCUGAUUAAAUGUCAGGAAUUGUGAAAAACUGAGUUUAGAUGUAUUUGGCUAAGGUGUAUGUAAACUUCCGACUUCAACUAUAUAUAUACUCCGUUCAAAAGUUUGGCGUCAUUUAGAAAUGUCCUUGUUUUUGAAAGAUAAGUACUUUUUUUGUAAAGGUUUUGUCCUUCAACUAACAUUAUCUUGAUCAGGAAUACAGUAUAGACAUUGUUAAUGUUGUAAAUGACUAUUGUAGCUGUUUUUUUGUGGAAUAUCUAUGUAGGCGUACAGAGGCCCAUUAUCAGCAACCAUUACUCCUGUGUUCCAAUUGCACGUUGUGUUAGCUAAUCCAAGUUGAUCCUUUUAAAAGGCUAAUUGAUCAUUAGAAAACCAUUUUGCAAUUAUAUUAGAACAGCUGAAAACUGUUGUUCUGAUUAACGAUACAAAAUAAAACUGGCCUUCUUUAGACUAGCUGAGUAUCUGGAGCAUCAGCAUUUACAGGCUCGAAAUGGCCAGAAACAAAGCCCUUUAUUGUGAAACUGAUAAUGGGCCUCUGUACGCCUAUGUAGAUAUUCCAUGAAAAAUCGGACGUUUCCAGCACCAAUAGUCAUUUACAACAUUAACAAUGUCUACACUGUAUUUCUGAUCCAUUUGAUGUUAAUUCAAUGGACAAAAAAAAUGCUUUUCUUUCAAAAACAAGGACAUUUCUAAGUGACCAAAAUACGUUUGAACGGUAGUGUGUGUGUGUGUAUAUAUAUAUAUAUAUAUAUAUAUAUAAUGUAUGUACAAAUGUAUAAACUGUACAUAAACAGAGUUGUUCGUCGAUUGCACAGCACAGUAUUUCUUUUUGUCUAACAUUUGAAUAAAUGGAUAUUC